CGCCGCGUAAAAGCGCCACCUUGGCGGCACCGGCCGCUUGGUGCACGCCGUAGGACAGCCGGCGAAGGAUUUAGAGCGCGCGGGCCGCUGGGCGCACGCGCGGGGCAGCCCGCGAGGCAUUAGCAGCGAGGGGGCAGCCGCGCGCGGAUGAGCGGGGCCAUGGCGACGCCGGACGGCUGGGCCGACAUCCCCGACGAGCUAUCGGCCGCGGGCAUCACGGACGAUCUCUUGGUGAUCACGGAGCUGUCGUUCAUCAAGCAGCUUGGCUGGUACGACCUCUGGAUCGUGGCCGUCGUGUCGCUCAUCCCGUGCAUCCCGAUGCUGGUCCUCUUCGAGUGGCAGAGGCAUAGAAGGACCCACUUCUGGCCGAAGGCGCGCUACCAGCCCGGGCGCGGGCUCUCGUCGCAGUUCCCGGGCAUCGGCGCGUGGGCCAUGGGUAUUUUGAGAGCGCCGGACGAGGAGCUCAUGGACGUGGCCGGGCUCGAGGGCUUCGUCUUCAUGCGCCUGAUGCGCAUGGGCUGUAGAUUAUCAUUAUUCGGCUCGGUCAUCGCGAUUCCGGUCACGUGGAUCUUCCUGAGCGAGGGCGACGGCUCGCUCCGGUUUUUAGACUGGACGGUCAACGUCGUCGUGGACAACGACUGGAAGCUCUGGGCCGCGGUCUGCGCGGUCUGGCUCGUGACGCUGCACACUUUAUACGACGUCAUCCAGGAGUGCGAGGCCUUCGUCAAGCUGCGCCAGCAGUUCCUCACAAAAACAGAAAUCAUGGAGGACGACCCCCAGGCCACUUAUAGCGUGAUGGUCGAGCGCGUGCCCCGGGAAUGCCGCGCCGACGCUGCGUUGAAGGCCUACUUCGAGCACCUCUUCCCCGGGGAAGUUGUUUGUGCGACGAUCGCGUUGGCGGACCUGGGGGAUCUGGAAAAGGUCCUCGCGGAGCGACGAAGCGUCCUCGACGCGCUGGAACACCUGCGGCUCGAGGAGGAGGCGACCGGCACGGCUCCCCAGGAGCGGCUCAACCUGCGCGAGGGCUCCUACGAGCUCGUCGAGGCGAUCCCCUGGUACGAGGCCAAGCUCGCGCGCCUCGACGAACGGCGGCGGGACCUGGCCGCGGAGAUCCACAAGCGGUCCGCGGAGGUCGAGCGCGAGGCGACGGGCACGUUCUUCGACCGGAUCCUCGCGACGCCCCAGAACCUCUCGACCUUCGGCGAGGGCGGCAAAGAGGACCCGGUGGCCACGGGCGAGGGCGAGCGCGAGGCGCUGCUGUCUCGCUCCGUGCGGCGGUUGGAUCCGACCAUCGCGACGAAGCACAAGUCGGCGACGGGCUUCGUCACCUUCCGGAGCCUGCGGAGCUGCUCCGUGGCGCGGCAAGCCCAGUUAUCACCGCGACCCUUCUGCAUGGAGUCUUGUCCCCAACGGCCGGAACGGAAGAAUUUGAUCUGGGGCAACGUGCCCACCUCCAAAACGGGGCGACUGGUGCGCCACGGCUUCGUGUCCACCGUGCUGGUUUUGUUGGCGAUGAACUGGAGUUCAUUGAUCCAGAUCUGCACCUACAUCUCGCACGAGUGGGCGCCCAAACAUAUCCCCACGGCGCCCUAUUUAGUCAAAUUGGGGUACAACAUCUUUUCCGCGUAUUUGCCUAUCAUGUUGGUCCAAGCGGUUCUGGCAUUGUUACCUUUUCUGUAUCUGGGCCUGGCGGUCUUCUACGAGCGAUUUAAGUUCGCGUCCGAGGUGCAGCAGGUCGUCUACCGGCGGUACAUGCUCGUGCAGUGGGCGAACAUCUACCUGUCGCUCGUGUCGGGCUCCAUCGUCACAUUAGUGGUGGGCCUGGUGACGAACCCUUUGUACUUACUCGAGCAACUCGCGGACCUCAUGCCUGAGGCCGCGGUCUACUUCAUUGAGCUGAUCAUCAUGAAGAUUCUGCUCGUGCUGCCCUUCGAGCUGUCGCGGAUCUGGCCCUGGUUUAGGAUAGAAGUUGUGGCGCGGUUGUUCCGGGAUCGACUGACGGAGCGGGAUCUGACCGAGGGCGCCUUCGAGCCGCCCGAGUUCCGGUACGGCUUCCAGUACCCAGGUAAGAUCAUGGUCGUGACCUACGCGCUGAUCUUCGCGGGCAUCUGCCCCCUGGUCUACCCCUUCGCUCUGCUGCAUUUUUGUUGUGCGUACCUCGUCUACGCGCGGCAAUUACUCUACGUCUACGUGCCCAAGUACGAGACGGGCGGCGCCUUCUUCGAGACCAGCAUAUAUACUGUGUUGGGUUCCAAUCUGGCGGGCUGCUUCACGUUCUUUGCUUAUUUAUUACUCAAGGAGCAGUACUGGCACGCGUGGGCGGUUUUGGUCCCGACGGUCGGAGCAUUGGUGGGGUGGGUCUUCGUCAGCGCGUCAUAUUUACACAUGAACAUGACGGCGUCGAUCGAGAUCGCCGUGUCCGCCGACGACUCCGCGCGGAGCCCGCCGGCCUUCGACCAGCACUGGUUCCGGCAGCCGGCAUUGGAUCCGAACCCGGACCGCGUCGCCAAGGUCGAGGAGCCCGACGAUAUCCACGCGCUCAAGGCUACGCCUCGGCGAGGUGGGUUUUUGUCGAGGUUCGGCUUCGGGGGCGGGAGUAGUAAAGAAUGA